GGGAGAACAAGAGGCCAGGCAAGUGGCAAGCCUGAACAUCAAGAGUCAGCUACCGCAGAGGCUGGCAGCUGGCUGGUAUCAGCUCAGCAGUGUGGAGAACACAGAAGAUGGCCUUCACUGCAGCUCUGUGGAUCUUGAUGGCCGGGAUCUGCCCUGCUGUCCUCUGCUUCCCAAAUGGCACACUGGAAUUGGACACUGCAUUGCAUGUUCAAGAAAAUGGAAGACAAGUGGACAGUCUCACAUUGGCCUCCAGCAACACUGGCUUUGCCUUCAGCCUCUACAAGGAGCUGGCCUUAAAGAAUCCAGAUAAAAAUGUUGCCUUCUCCCCACUUAGCAUCUCAGCUGCCUUGGCCAUUGUGUCCCUGGGAGCAAAGGGCAACACCCUGGAAGAGAUUCUAGAAGGUCUUAAGUUCAAUCUCACAGAGAUCCUUGAGGCAGACAUCCACAGGGGGUUUGGGGAUCUCCUACAGAUGGUCAGCCACCCAGGGGAACAGGAAGAGAUCAGCAUAGGCAGCAUUAUGUUUAUUCAAAACCUUCUUCACAUCCUGGAAGAAUUCCAGGAGAAGAUAAGGGCUCUGUACCAGGCUGAGGCCUUCACAGUUGACUUCCAGCAGCCACAUGAGGCCAAAAACUUCAUCAACAGCUAUGUGAGCAACCAGACCCAGGGGAAGAUCAAGGAACUGAUCUCAGACCUGGAUGACAGGACAGCCAUGGUGCUGGUGAACUACAUCUACUUUAAAGGCAAAUGGAAGACAUCCGGUCAUCCUCCUGUCACAUUUGAAUCUGAGUUCCACUUAGAUGAGCAGAGGUCUGUGAAGGUGCCCAUGAUGAAAACUAGCGCCCUGACCACACCCUACUUCCUGGAUGAGGAGCUGUCCUGCACUGUGGUGGAGUUGAAAUACACAGGAAAGGCCAGCGCUCUCUUCAUCCUCCCUGACCAGGGCAAGAUGCAGCAGGUGGAAGCCAGCUUGCAACCAGAGACCCUGAGGAAGUGGAAGAACUCUCUGAGGCCCAGGAUGAUCGAUGAACUCUACCUGCCCAAGUUAACCAUCUCCACUGACUACAGCCUGGAGGAAGUCCUUCCAGAGCUGGGCAUCAGGGAAGUCUUCUCCUCACAGGCUGAUCUGUCUGGGAUCACAGGAGCCAAGGACCUGCAAGUCUCUCGGGUGGUCCACAAAGCUGUGCUGGAUAUGUCUGAGGCAGACACAGAAGCACCUCCUGCCACAGGGGCCAAUCUUGUCUUUCGUAGAAGAGGAAUGGAAACAAAUGUGUCCUUCAACAGGCCAUUCCUGAUGGUUAUCUAUGACACAGAUCAUCAGACUAUCCUCUUUAUAGGCAAAGUUACUGACCCCAGUGAAUCUAUAGCAUCCCAAGUUCCAAGGAUCCCGUGAUCCCGUGACAGAGACUGCAUGUGGAUCUCUGGGUAUAUCCUGGCAUUCAUGCUCUGAUUGGCUGUUGCAAAGAUGGCUUCGACUAUCUCUGUGGCUCCCACAUUCACAGGAGCCUUGGGACUGUCAGUGACAGGCUCUUGGGCCUCUUAGGAGCAUCUGCACAUGUUACUGAACCUGAUAUCUGUCUUGACUCUUCUUCCCUGGUGACUCUUCUCUUUAUGUGUCCAUACCCCAAACCUAAGCUCUGUCAAAUACAUGCAUUCCCAGUAUAGGCUGUGAGCACA